UCUCUCUCUCAUUCAUUCCUACCAUAGGCUCACACGCCUGCUCUCUUCUCUCUUUCUCUCUCAGAAUGACAAUUCUAAGUAUAGCUUUUGGUACGGUUUUCUAUUUACUUCAAGUCGUUUCUGGAGAAAGUGGCUAUGCACAGAAUGGAGACUUUGAAGAUGCAGAACUGGAUGACUACUCAUUCUCAUGCUACAGCCAGUUGGAAGUGGAUGGAUCCCAGCACUUGCUAAGCUGUGCUUUUGAGGACCCAGAUGUCAACAGCACCAAUCUGGAAUUUGAAAUAUGUGGGGCCCUUUUGGAGGUAAACUGCCUGAAUUUUAGUAAACUGCAAGAGACGUACUUUGUCAAGACAAAGAAAUUCUUACUGAUUGGAGACAGCAAAAUCUGUGUGAAGCUUGGAGGAAAGCACAUAACUUGCAGAAAAAUGAACAUAGUCAAGAGAGUUAAACCUGAGGCUCCUUUUGACAUAAGAGUUAUCUAUCGUGAGGAAGCAAAUGACUUUGUGGUGACAUUUAAUACAUCGCACUUGCAAAAGAAGUAUGUGAAAGAUUUAAUGCAUGAGGUAGCCUACCGCCAGGAAAAAAAUGAAAAUGAUUGGAUGCAUGUGAAUUUAUCCAGUACAAAGCUGACACUCCUACAGAGAAAGCUACAACCUGAUGCGAUGUAUGAGAUUAAAGUCCGAUCCAUCCCUAACACCAACUACUUUGAAGGCAUCUGGAGUGAAUGGAGUCCAAGUUUCCACUUCAGGACUCCGGAGACCACCAUCGGGGAGAUGGAUCCUGUUUUACUAAUUAUCAGCAUUGUGAGUUUCUUCUCUGUGGCUCUGAUGGUCAUUUUGGCCUGCGUGUUAUGGAAAAAAAGAAUUAAGCCUAUUGUAUGGCCCAGUCUCCCUGAUCAUAAGAAGACUCUGGAACAACUGUGCAAGAAACCAAAAAAGAAUUUGAAUGUGAGUUUCAAUCCUGAAAGUUUCCUGGACUGCCAGAUUCAUAAGGUGGAUGGCAUCCAAGCUAAAGAUGAAGCAGAAGGCUUUCUGCAAUACACCUUUCCUCCACAACUAGAUGAUUCUGAAAAGCAGAGGCUUGGAGGGGGUGUGCAGGGCCACAACUGGCCAUCCCAGCAUGAAGUCAUCACCCCAAAAACUUUCAGAGGAGAUUCACCCCUCGGAUGCCUGGCUGGGAAUGUCAGUGUGUGCGACGCCCCUGUUCUCGCCUCCUCCAGGUCCCCAGACUGCAGGGAAGGUGGCGAGAAUGGGCCUCAGGUGUACCAGGGCCUGCUGCUUGGCACUGGAACUACAAACAGCACGCUGCCCCCUUCAUUUCCUUUCCAGUCGGGAAUCCUGACGUUGAAUCCUGCUGUCCAGGGACAGCCCCUCCUCACUUCCUUGGGAUCAAGUCAAGAAGAGGCAUAUGUCACCAUGUCCAGCUUCUACCAAAACCAGUGAAUUAUAAGAAACCCAGGACUAGAACCAUUGUGACCAACAAAAGGUGACUGAGCUCCUAGUCUCUCUCGCAGCACAAAGAAGACAAAAUUAAGGCAACCCCUCUACACAAUCUACAGGACUCUGAAACAUCGCU